AUGGAUUGCUUUGAGAAUGGAAAGUUUUGCACUCAAACGAGCUCCCAGCAGCACAGGGACAGCAGUGGCUGUCAGGUGGCUGAGGCUGGCAGACCUGUCAAACGCCUCCGGAGGAAGAGGAGACUGCCUCUGGAGUCAGAGGAUGAGGAGGAAAAUGCAUAUGAAGAUGAGGAGAAGAAUAAAUCAAAUAAUAUGAAAAGCCGCAGAAACACUAAACCAAUAAAACAAGUGCUUCCUGGAAAGAAGAAGGUAUGGAACUGGGUUUCCUACUUGGAAGAAGAACGGAUGGCAGCUGCUCCCCUAAAACUGUUCCGAGAGUAUCAGUCCUUCCCACAAGGCCGAAAUGGAUUUAAAGUUGGAAUGAAAUUGGAAGGGCUGGAUCCUGAGCACCCCUCUCGGUUCUGUGUUCUCACAGUGGCUGAGGUCCAAGGGUACAGGAUACGACUGCACUUUGAUGGUUACCCAGAGUGCUAUGACUUCUGGGCUAAUGCUGAUUCCUCAGACAUCCAUCCUGUUGGCUGGUGUGAAAAAACAAGCCAUAAGCUGCUCCCUCCUAAAGGUUUCAAGGAAGGAGAUUUUAAUUGGACUUCCUAUUUGAAGAACUGCAAAGCUCAAGCAGCUCCUAAAAGCCUUUUUAAGACCCUCAGCACUCCUGUCACACCCUCUGGUUUUCGUCUGGGGAUGAAACUCGAGGCAGUGGACAGGAAGAAUCCGUCGCUGAUGUGUGUGGCAACCAUCACAGACAUAGUGGAUAAUCGUCUGCUGAUCCAUUUCGAUAACUGGGAUGAGAGCUACGACUACUGGUGUGAAGCAAGCAGCCCCUAUAUCCGUCCUGUUGGCUACUGCCAAGAAACUGGAACCCCUCUGACAACACCACCUGGAUACAAGGACUCCAAAGCCUUCUCAUGGGAUAAAUACUUGGAGGAAACUAAUUCCCAAGCAGUCCCAGCAAGAGCAUUCAAACUACGACCUGCUCACAGCUUCCAGGUGAACAUGAAGGUAGAGGCUGUGGACAGGAGAAAUCCCAUCCUGAUAAGAGUGGCAACCAUAGUUGACAAAGAUGACCAUCGCAUCAAGAUCCAUUUUGAUGGUUGGGACUGUACCUUUGAUUUCUGGGUGGAUGCAGACAGCCCUGAUGUCCAUCCCGUGGGCUGGUGUGCCAAAACUGGCCAUGCUCUGCAAGUCCCUCUAGGUGCUGAGGAUCCAGAGGAAGCACUGGGACAAGCGUGUCCUACUCCAGGUUGCCACGGGAUCGGGCACGUCCGGGGACCACGAUAUGGAACACAUCACACGUUAGUUGGCUGUCCAUACUCUGAUGUGAACCUCAACAGAGAGAACUCCUUACAGGACCGGCUGAGUGGGGAGAGACCUUCCCCUGGGAACAGCAUGCAGAAAGCCAAAAGGCUGGAGACUCCUGCCCCAUUUCUGUUGGGAGCAGGGGAGUCUUCUCAGGAGGACUCUCCACAAUCCAGAAAAUCUGCCCCAGACAGUGAAAAGUCGUGUCAAAGCAGCGUUCACACCCCGUCAGAGCAGUCUGAGAGCAAUCAAGAGAGAGACUGGGUAGAGGAGGAUUCCUCUGCAGACAUCAAAGUCACACCAAAAAAGCUUGGGUGCUCACAUGCCUUUAUCAAGUUCCAGCUGGUGAAACGGGAAAGCAAUGGGAAAGGCCCUGAUUUGGAUCUCCAGCAGGCCCUCCACCAGUCCAUCUUCAUGCCUUCCCUGGCCUCUAACCCGACCCACCGCCUCCAUCUCUUCUGGGAGCAGCACUGCAGGCUCUUGCCAGAGGUCUCAGGCCUCACGGCCAAACACGUGGCCAAAUGGAGUGUGGAAGAGGUGGUAAGCUUUAUCCAGCGUUUGCCUGGGUGCAAAGAACAAGCAUCUGUGUUCAGGGAAGAGCAGAUCGACGGUGAGGCCUUCCUGCUCCUCAACCAGACCGACAUCGUUAAAAUCCUCAGCAUCAAGCUGGGCCCUGCCCUGAAGAUCUACAAUGCCAUCCUCAUGUUCAAGUCUGCAGAAGACAACUGAGAAGAGCCCUGGAACUGAUCCCACAAGGAGCUGACCAGGGAAUGGAUCUCCAGCUGUCAGCAUUACAUGCAGGACAGACAGAUUGGGACUUGGAUGUAUUUUAAAGUAGAACUUAUUAACAAUAUUUUGAGGACAUAAAAAAAUCCUGCCACAGUCUGGAAUAUGGGACAGCUUCACUUCCAAGAAGAGGAUAUUAUUAUAUUUUGUAAUUGAAUUUGGUUUUGAUAUAUCAAUCUCUUUUGGAGAUGGAGAAGAAACCUCCGGUUCUAAGGGGAAUCCAGGGUAGCAUUGGUGGAGCUGCAGUGGCAAGAAGAAAGCUUUGUGUAAAGCUGACUCUGUGUCCAGUGAUAGUGCCUGAAAGAGAGACUGAAUGAUCACCAGCGAGUU